AUGCCCGACGAUUUCAAAGAUCUGACAGACGACGAAGAGCCCCAAGGUGAGGAAGACGGAUCGAACCCGGACCCGGUGACCCAGCGCCUGAACAAGAUGGACGCUCGCAUGACAAAGCAUUACUCUCGCCUGAUGAAGCUAAUGAUCAAGCUACCCGGAGCACCCACACCAUUAGAGACCGAACCAACCGACGGGUAUGCGGCAUCACCAUUUUGUGAAACGAUCGCCAGAGUAACGGUUCCACACACACUUCGACUCCCUACGUGGACCACCCUGUAUGAUGGAACGUCUGAUCCUUACCGGCACGUCAACUUCUACAAGCAGCGCAUGUGGCAGAUCGGAAUCCCAUACGAUUUGGUCGAGCCUGUCAUGUGCAAGUCGUUCGGCGGUACCCUCGAUGGAGCAGCUCUGGAAUGGCUCAUGAACGUCGCCCCCGGAUCCAUCUCCUGCCUGUCCGACCUAAUCAACGCUUUUUAUCAGCAGUUCGCCAGCAGUCGCCAAUUGGAAAAGCAAACCAGUGACCUCUAUCGGACAGCUAUCGAGGCAUUCAAAAGAGGUCUCAUCCCCAAUUCGGAGCUGUACCGGGAAAUAACCAAAUACCCCUGUACAACCUUCGAGGAGGUGCGAUCGAGAGCCACCGCCCAAAUGUGGAUUGAAGACGACGAGGUCAUCCGGACGGCGUCCCAACGCUCAACAGGGGGCAGCAGCGACAGGAGAUCGUACACCCCAAGGAGUAGCAGCUGGCGACACCAGCCGUAUAACCGGCAGAACCAGGUACAAAAUUUCAAUCAAUACGAUGACGCUAACAAUGUUUACAGGAAUGAACGGGUCGUUUAUCCCCCCAUCUCCGAGUAUGGCUUCAACGUCGACAUCGGAGGCGUGGUAAACGCCCUUCAAAAUCUAGGUGGUACUGUCAGAUGGCCUAAGAAGAGCGACAGACCAGACUCCAUGAAGGACAUGAGCAGGUGGUGCGACUUCCACCGCGACAAUGGCCACACAACCGAGGAAUGCAUCUCCCUCAAAAAGGAGGUGGCGUAUCUAUUGAAAAGAGGCCACCUGAAGGAGCUGCUAAGCGACAAAGGGAAGGAGACGUACAACAAGGACAGCAACACCCAACCCAGCCCAGCACCAAGCGGCGACCGACCGGCCCCGCCCAUGUUCGAAAAAGUGGUAAAUGUUAUUUAUGGUGGUUCAGAUAUCUGUGGACUAACUUCUUCUGCAGCUAAAAAAAUCAACAGAGGCGAAUUUGAAGUUGUCAAAGAGGGGCAGAUCGAAGAUGAAGUAGCACUCGACAAGUCAUUAGCAACGAUGACAAUAACCUUCGACGAUUCAGAUUCAACCGACACACAACAGGAACACCACGACGGGCUAGUCAUAUCGCUCCCAAUAGGCAACACUCUCAUCAAAAGGAUACUGAUCGACAACGGCAGUUCAGCAAACGUACUGUUCUUAGAGGCUCUGCAAGAAAUGGGACUAGAAGAAAAGAGUAUAAUCAGAAGGUCGACGGUCUUAGUAGGAAUCAGUGGAGAGUCGCUAUGA